AUGAUGACUGCCGAUUUUCAGUUGCGUUUGCCGGUGAAAUCGCGACUGUUGGCUAGAUUUCACUGGCGAGAGAUGGUGGCAGUAGUAGAAGGUGUACAACAAAUUCUUUUGGAUACAGAUAUGGAUACUGAUGAUUUUUUUGCGCUUUUAUACAUUUUGAAGCUUAAUAGAUCAGAAAUGGACUUAAAGGCAAUAACUAUCAACACAAAUGGAUGGACUGAUGCAGGGCAUGCUGUAAAUCAAGUGUAUGACAUUCUUUACAUGAUGGGGCGUAACGAUGUUGCUGUUGGUGUGGGAGGUGAAGGUGGAAUACGUUCCAACGGUACAAUUAUGCCGGAUGUUGGAGGAUAUCUCCCUAUUAUUGAUCAGGAAGAUGGAACCGCUGGAUAUUGUAGAUAUAGACAAGCUGUACCUAUUGGUCGCGGAGGACGCUUGGACAUCGACUCAAAUUAUGGAUUCCGAAAGAGUUUCCUUCCACAGGUUGAAACUUCUUGA